CCUUCCCUUGCAAAUCUGAGCACCAGAGCUUGGAGUAAACCUCCCAGUCACACACUCACACUCAAACUGUAUAUUUCACUACUUUCACUUCAAAUGGAUUAUCAGCUCCUUCUACUGCUGUGGACCUGCAGCCUUCUGCCAGAUCUUCAGCUCUGUUUCAACUUUGACAUGAAGAACUUCAAAGUCUUCUCUGGUUCUAAGGAAGCACAGUUUGGAUACACAGUUCAGCAGCACGAGGCAGGAGGACGCCAGUGGUUGCUGGUUGGAGCUCCCUUUGAAUCCACAGGAAAGCAGCAGACCGGUGAUGUGUACAGAUGUCCGCUGGAUACCAGAAACUCUGCAAAUUGCAGUCGACUCAACUUGGGGAUACUUUCUCUGGACAAUAUAUCUGAGAGGAAAGACAAGAUGAGGCUGGGAAUGACACUGACAUCCAACCCUAAAGACAACAGCUUUGUGACCUGUGGUCCACUCUGGUCUCAUGAAUGUGGAAGCUCCCUGUACAGCACAGGAAUCUGCUCCAGAGUCAACCGAAAUUUCAGACUCUCGCACACUAUUGCACCUGCCCUACAGAGGUGUGAGACGUUAAUGGACAUUGUGAUUGUUCUGGAUGGUUCUAAUUCCAUUUAUCCUUGGUAUGAGGUUCAGGACUUCAUCAUAAACAUCUUGCAUAAGUUCUACAUUGGUCCAGGUCAAACGCAGGUUGGUGUUGUUCAGUAUGCCUCCACAGUGGUCCAUGAGUUCAGCUUGGAUGAAUACCAGACAGUGGUGGAUGUGGUGGAAGCUGCCAGGAACAUCAAUCAGCGUGGCGGAGAGGAGACAAGGACAGCACUGGGCAUCAAUGUGGCACGGUCAGAGGCAUUCAAGCGUGGAGGUCGACCAGGAGCUCAUAAGGUGAUGAUUGUGAUUACUGAUGGUGAAUCUCAUGACAGUCCAGAGCUGGUGCAGGCUGUCACUGACAGCAAGAGAGCCAACAUCACCAUGUAUGCCAUUGCUGUUUUGGGUUAUUAUAAUCGCCGGGGAAUAAACCCUGAAGCCUUUCUGAAGGAAAUCAAGUUCAUUGCCAGUGACCCUGAUGAGAAGCAUUUCUUUAAAGUGACAGAUGAGUCAGCACUGAAGGACAUUGUGGAUGCUCUAGGAGAAAGGAUUUUUUCUCUGGAAGGAACCAGUAAUCAGGGUCGAGGUUACAGUCUGCAGAUGGCUCAGGCUGGUUUCUCUUCACAUUUAGUCAAAGAUGGGGUUCUUCUUGGAGCAGUAGGUGCAUAUGACUGGAAUGGUGCAGUGCUAAAAGAAACUAAACAUGGGAAGGUUGUUCCACCAAAAUCCUCCUACCAGGACGAAUUUCCAGAUGUGCUGAAGAACCACGCAGCAUAUCUGGGUUACUCAGUGGGUUCACUAAUUUCAGCCCGUGGCUCUCAGCUAUAUGUGGCUGGAGCUCCAAGGUUCAACCACACUGGCAAGGUGAUUGUCUUCACCCUGAAGAACACUGGCAACUUGACCAUCCUGCAAGCACUGCUGGGAGAGCAGAUUGGGUCAUAUUUUGGCAGUGAGCUGCUAUCCAUGGAUGUAGACAGUGAUGGACAUACUGACUGCCUCCUAGUGGCAGCACCCAUGUACUACAGCCACGGCUGGGAGAGAGGGAAAGUUUAUAUCUACUCUGUUACACCACAGACAUCAUUUGUUCUGCAAGGGGUGCUGGAGUUGUCUGACUGCUGUCAAAACUCUCGUCUGGGUUCGGCACUGGCCCAGAUUCCUGACAUGAAUGGAGAUGGCUUCCGGGAGCUUGCGGUGGGAGCCCCACUGGAGGAUGAUCACCAGGGAGCAGUCUACAUCUUUUAUGGCCAGGACAAAACUACCCAACCACAGUACAGACAGCGGCUGUCUGCAGCCAGUUUUUCUGCAGGUCUGCAAUAUUUUGGUCAAAGUCUCCAUGGUGUUCUGGAUGUCAAUGCAGAUGGGCUUGUUGACCUCGCAGUGGGAGCAUUGGGAGCUGCUGUUAUCAUCUGGUCACGUAGCGUGGUACAGAUUCAGGCCAAACUGACCUUUGAACCUCAGAAGGUCAACAUCUUCAACAAGGACUGUCAGCAAGGAGGAAAGGAGGUCACAUGCAUGUCUCUUACCGUCUGUCUGAGUCUGGACUCCAAGACAAAGAUCAGGACAGAUAUUGCUGUUUGGUACAGUCUGGUGUUAGAUGAGAGGCGUUUUCCUCCCCGGGCAGUCCUAGAUGAAUUAGACCGUCAGCAGCCCAGAAUUCUUUUUCUGCAGACUGGAGGUCAAAAAUGCGAACACCUUGGCUUCUCAGUGCAGGAGACAAAAGAUUAUGGGCGUCCCAUUGUGGUUGUCCUGGAAACAGGGUUGCAGAGCCCAGACGAGGGUCCAGUACUGGACCCAGACUUUCCAACUACGCUGAGGGCCGAGCUUAACUUCUGGAAUGGAUGCGAGCAGGAAGAUACCUGUGUUCCUGACCUCAUCCUCCACAGUCACACUGACCUUAUGAAUGUUCAGCAGUUCUGCAGCAUGAGGGAACGGGCUACAUGCUCACUCUGCAUUCAUGAGAAGUCACUUGACAGCCCAGUGUUUAUAGUGGAGUCUGGACGAAGAAGGAUGGUGGUGUUUGCUCAGCUGGAGAACCAGGGAGAGAAUGCAUACAGAGCUGCCAUCCACAUCUCCUUUUCCCCCAACCUGCUCUUUUCCAGCCUAUUAAUCAAGAACCAAUCAGAUAUCCAGAUUGAGUGCUACGCCGAGGAGAGACUGGCCAGUCAGAGGAACUGUAACAUUACCGCUCCGUUCAUGAAGUCAUUGGCAAAGGUAACUUUCUGUUUGGAAUUUGAGUUCAGCCAUUCCGUGUUUCUGGAUCAUGUACAAGUUGCCAUGGUGACUACCAGUGAGGGAGAAGAGGGAUACCCAGAUGAUAACAUCAAUGAUAUCUUCCACCCCCUGAAAUAUCAAACUGACCUCCUCUUUACCAGAGACCCUAGCCUUCAUCACUUUGAAAUCAAAGGAGACUCACUGUCGUCAUCCUGGGACCAACCACACAGCAGCUCUCCCACCUUCAACCUGACUUAUUAUAUUCAGAACCUGGGCAUCUUCUCAGUUCAGGAUGUUCUGUUCAAGGCGGAUAUCUGGGCUGUGACUAGAAAUGGAAACCAGCUGGUGAACAUUGAAGACUAUAGCAUCGAGCAGCAGGUACCUGGGUCCCAUUGCAUACUGCCUCAUACCACAACCAAUCUUGUUACAUCUGAGGACCUGUCUCACCUGUCACAGCUGAACCGCAGUAAUAGUGUCAGCAUGACAAUCCAGUGCAGACUAAGCCUGUUGACCAACAGAGAAGUAAAGGUGACACUCAAAGGAAGACUUCAGCUUCCUGCUCUGCUUGCUGUAAACUUUAGGUCUCUGGAGUUGCUGACUGCUGCCUCUAUCUAUCUGGAAGUGUCCAGUCCCAUAUUUCUCAAAGAAGAAAGACCUGUGAGACAGAUAAUCCUGGAUCUGAGGAAGGAAGAGAAUCAGUCCAUCCCCAUCUGGAUUAUACUGGGAAGCUCACUGGGAGGCCUGCUGCUACUAGCCUUAUUGGUCCUGGCUCUUUGGAAGGUUGGCUUCUUCAACAGACGAAAACAACAGGAAGAAGAGGAGCAGUCUGUAGCCACAAAGGAGGGCAGUGCAAAAGCUAUAGUGUGUGGAUGAUCCCAAUGUUAUAUUUGAAAAUGCCUCGGAAUUUCUUCAAAUUUGGCACAAAUGUUCACUGGGACUCAAGGAGGAACUGAAUAGACAGUGGUCAAAGUCACAGUGACCUCAUGUUCAGCCCAUUGUUGUAAAUGCAAUAUCUCAAACACCUGGUGGAAAUUUCAUUUAUCCUGGCAUAGGCAUCCACCUCAACUCAUGGACUAUAGUUUGGUAAUUGAAAGUCAAAGGUCAAGGUCACUGUGACCUUACAAAACACAUUUUUGGCCAUAACUGAAAAAUGUAUAGGCUAGUUAUUACAAAAUUUAACACAAAUGUCUAAUAGGAUUACUGACAGAGUGAUGAUAUUAUGUAUCCAUGGUCAACUUCACUGUGACAUCAUAAUUUUCUGCGAAAACACUUUUCUGGCCAUUAUUUGUUACUCAGGAAUAGAAAUGGAGAUUGUGACUAUAUUUUCAUUAGGUCAGAUUUUGAAUUGAUGACAUGAAUCUUAGGUACCCACCUCUAAAUUGUGUUGACUGCUGGGUUGAAGUUGUGUGUGAUCAUCCAUGUUUUAAAAUUUGUAGCUUCUUUUCAGUAACAUCCAUAUUUUUCAUUGCCCCAACAUUGUGGUAUACCAGAAUCAGCUUUAUUGACCAUGCAUGUGAACUCAAACAAAAAACUUGACUGUGCUUUUUCACCGAACCUAAAUACUUACCUGCAUACCUACAGUUGUCACUAUAUACUGUACACUGUAUUAUAUGAGUCUGAUUCGACAAGGCUGUAAAGUUCAACCUGAGUGGUUUGCGGAGGGAUACACUUGCAAGGCAGUAAUUGUAGUUUGCAUAUUAAUGUCACCAACUCCAAAGACUAGGUCUGACCUUGUCAGUUUCUGUUGAGUUUUACGUUUAGAUAGCGAGAGAUGGUGACUGCAUAAAAAUGAGGAAAAUCUCAUCACAAUUCUUUAUUUAUCUAGGUUAAUCAGUGUGAUUAGCAAAUUAAAUUUCAAACUGUCUGUGGAAAUCAUUCCAUGUACAAAGUUGGCAUUGUGUCCAGAUGGUUGUGCUACAGUAAAGCUUUUGGAGUGUCCAAAAUGAAAAGUGCCAUCUACUUGCAAAGCAUGAGUGAAUUAAAUCUGACCACAGUCAGUCCAGUAUUAUUUACUGUAUGGAAGCGGAACUAGUGGAAAUCUAACACAAAGUGAAUUACACAACUAAUCAGCAAGACUACCAGCAAACAUCAUCAAUUAUCAAACACAGACAGGAGGCACAGUACUCAAUUUAAAUUACACCCAUCAUGAAUAAAAACAAUGCCACGGUUUAAUAGGGUGACAUUAGCAGGAAGCACAAUAAACAUGAAUAGCCAUGUGGCAGUAAAAUGCA